AUGGUCCAUUUAUUAUCAAUUACCUGUGCCGGGUUCAGCCGAGUCAGCUACCAGAUCGGCGAAAGCCACGUGGACGUCCAGCGAACGGCCUCGAGCGACGUGACGGCAUCGGUUUGCGCCAAAUACUCGGGCGCACUCUGCAUAGAUUGUGGUCCAUCUUCCUAUUGGUACAAAGAUCGCUGCUACAGUACGUGUCCGGACUCGACCUUCCCCUCGGACUCGGACCCCAGCCGAAAUCCAAACAUCGACGAUUCGGAAAGUGCCAUCAUCGAGCAGCAACCACUGCCGAAAGGUUCAUUACGACGCAGUGCUGCAGCUAUCGGUUUCCGACUGGCCGACAUCAACGGUGAUGGUUCCAACAAUUUGGACGACGACAUUCUGCUACAGGCAGUGCCCUCACCACAAGAACGUGACACUCAACCUCAUGAUCAGCGGCGCCAGUGCAACCAGUGUCAUCCAACGUGCCUCAAGUGCGUCGGUCCGGACGAAUUCCACUGCAUCGAGUGUCAGCCUUUAUUUGCCUUCGUCGACGACAAUGAUGCCGAUGUGCAUCCACCGGCUCCCUUCGAGGCACACCGGCGACGUUGCGUUUCCAUCAACGGAAAACAACGCCACGGUGGACCGAGCGGAACAAAUAAAUCCUCGCCUAAUGCCACAUUAUCCGACCCGGCCGAUAGCCAAAAGCUUGAUAAGAGCUGGCAAUCGACCGACUACCUCAUUAUGAUAACCGUCGUCGGAGCGACACUGCUGGUCGCCUUUGUGGUCAUCUAUCUGCUGUGGAGGCGCUGCUUUCGGGGUAUCCUGCUGGGCAAUGGCAUUGGGGGAGGCGUCGGCGGUGCCGAUUACCAGCACUACAAUCGGGUGCAAACAGAAGAAGCCAACGUCGGCAAUGAACCGUCCUACGCCGAACUGGUACGGGACGAGAUUGAUGAUAUUCUGGACGAGAGCUCCAGCGACGAGUCGAGCAAUUUCAUGCCAACCCGAAUCAUUGCACCGCUGGAGAGAUAGAGGCGACCAUGUGGUCAUUAACUACUAGGUACUGGUACUGGUCGCAGGCGCUGAUUUCAUUUCAAACGCUGCGUACCAAAUGGUGCCGAUCAAAUGGGUAGCUGUUUAAUUGUGUUUAAUAGUCACAGAUGAAAAUGCGAUACAAAAAGGAUGAAUGAGCGCAAUUUUCAACGGAACCAGUGGAACUUUGUAUUUUAAUCGAGUAGGGUUAGCUAAUGAACAAAGUGUUAAGAAU